AGUAGCAAAAGCAGCAGCCACAGUAGAGAAGCAGUAGUCGCUUCAUCAGCCGUAACACAUAGCACACAGUAAGAACAGAAAGAAAAACACAAAAAAAAACGAAACUGAAAUUGUUGUACAAAAAAAAAUUUACUAAAAAUCUGGAAAAUUACCAACGAGUUGAAGAUUUGUGUUUUUUGUUUGGUUUUUGUUCGUUCGUUUUUAAUACAAAAAAUAAAAUAUAGACACUCAAGCAGAAGAAGAAAAAAAUUUAUUUGUAGAAUGUAAGUGAUUUUGUGUAUGUGUGUGCGCGCGUGUGAAACAAUUCCCUUUUUACGUGAGGAUUCAAACAGAGAAAAGAAGAGAGAAAAAAGAAAUGAAACAGUGAACCAAGAAUAUACGACAACGACCAUGUUUAUUCCGAAUUUUGUGAAAAUUCCAUUCGCUGUUUUUGGUUAAACGCACAUCCAAAACGAAAUUUCCGCCAAUCGAUGCCCAACAAUUUGUGUGAAGAAAUUUCCUUUUUCGGUCGAACGGCACGAAUACAGACAGAACGAACGAAAAAAAUUCGAACGAAACCAAAAAAAAAAUAAAACACAUAAACUGAGUGAAUUGAUUCAAUUUGUUUUUGGUUAAGUGAAAAGAAAUAAAAUCGUCUCGAAGGUGAAUGUGUAUGUGCGUGUGUUCGUGUGCGUGUUAAGUGUACAGGAGUGAAUGUACUCAAGACGAAUUCCAAAAUUCCACUACAAGAAAAUCUCCGAAUGAAACAAAGAAGAAGCGAAAGAAAAAAUUUAGGAAAAUGAAUGGUUGAUGCGUGGGGAAGAUAUUGCAAUAUAAAUCGCAAAUUUUUUCCAUAUUUGUUGUCAAUCACCAUGGAAAUUUUCACACAAAAUCAUGGAUACACGGGUGAAAUCAUCAAAAAUAUGGUAAAUUACAACUAACCAUGAUGAUGGCUACGGCGACUACGACUACGACGACAGCAACAACAAGAACAACAACAAUAACAUCCGAAGCAGCCACAGCAGCAGCAGUUACAGCAACACAAAUAAAAACAACAACAACAAUCAUACAGAUUCCAGUCUAUCGAUUGUAAAAAGCUUUAAUUUGAGUGAAAUACACUCAAACAUAUUAAUCGUUCUGGUUUUCGGUCAUUGCAACAAACAAAACCAAAAUUCUACUCUAAGGAUUUAAGGCCAGCACAUUCAAUAUUUUUAACUAUAAACUACGAAUCUAUAGAACAACAAAAAAAAAGAGGAAAAGAUAAUCAACUAAUUCAUUAAUCUUUUAGUACAAUGAAAACAAUGAAGAUGAAACCAUGUAUUUUAACAAAGAAUCCAAUUUUUUAAAAGAAAUCUAUGAGAAGAUUUAGGAUAGUUCAAAGAUUUCCGUCGCAACAACAACAACAACUAAAACCAAAACUAAACUAAACUAAACUGAAGAUAAAUAAGGGCGAUUCGCAUGAAAGCAUCCAACGCAACAACAAAACUAAAACGCCAAUACGACGAAUGAAGUUCAACUAAAACCAAUUUUUUUAGUUUUAACAAGAGACCGAACACAUCGACACAGCAACUAUCCAACCAGAAGAAGCAGCAGCAGCCGACGAAGUAGAAAUACAAGUGUUUAGAGCACAAGUUUUGGAAUAUAUUUUUAAAACCAUAUUGUACCGAAUAUGCACAAAUCAAUCGGAAGGCCAGCGACUAAGCAAACCGAUGAACAUCCGCUAGCCGAAAUGAUUCGCAUGGGUUCAUAGUGACAAAGUGUGACACACUAGUGACAAACAACAACAAGAAAAAAUUAUGUGCCUGUGCAUAAGAUUCAUAAUAGUCCGACACAAUAUUUUUGUUUUCGUUCAAAUGCGAAACCAUAACACGAAGCAAAGGAAUUAAUUUUGAAACAAAAGAAAAAGUUAAUAAUUAAAAUCUCUAAACAUCGAGACACAUACACAUCUAUAUAAAGAGAGAACGAUAAAAAAGAAGCUAAAAAUAUUGCAAAAUUAAACCAAAAUCCAAUUAUUGUUUGGGGUGGUGGCGGUGGUAACAGAAAAAAAUGGCCGAUAUGCCUGAUCUAUCUCACCUAACCGCAGAAGAGCGCGCCAUCAUCGAAAAUGUGAUGAUGCGACAGCGCCACGAAGAGGAACAACAAAAAGAGAUAGUGCAACGAAAACAAGAAGAAGUUAAUACAUUAGAAGAUACGAUUCGACAACGAUCGGAACAGCAGCGGAAAGCCGGAAUUGAAUUAGAAGCAACGUGUCACAUAUGUUUGAAAACGAAAUUCGCCGAUGGUGUCGGUCACAUGUGCCAUUAUUGUAAUAUACGUUGUUGUGCUCGGUGCGGUGGUAAAACAACAAUCAGAGGAAAGGCCAUUUGGGUGUGUGUGCUGUGUCGCAAAAAACAGGAACUUUUAUCGAAGACUGGUCAAUGGAUUAACAAAGCUGCGGAAGCUGACGGCUUUAUGCGUCCUAGUGGUUCACUUCAUCCAGAUCCAUCGGAUAAACGACCAAAGUUAGAACGAGCUCGAAGUGCUGCCGAAAAAGAGAAUCACCCAUUACAACGAACUGGCAGCGGAUUGAGGCGCCAAUAUUCACACGAUUCGAGUGUUGAUAUGCUCAAUCCGGCGCAACGACGCAUGCAACAACAAAUUCAAGCAUCGAACACACCGCAACAUUUUCAACAAUCAUCGUUAUAUGGAACGAAUCAUCAAGCGACACAUCAACAACCAUCCGAUAUUUAUUCGACCGGCGAAGAUCCAAAGUACUAUCAGGGAGAACUAGACGGGCUGAUGUUACAGCAUCCUCAUUUAAUGCAUUCUCGACAACAACGACAUUUUACAACGCAACAACAACCACAUCCUCACUCAUCGGGAAUCCAAUUGCCUCAGCCAAUGCAAUCACAUUAUCAUCGUCAAGACCAUUUGCAUCCUUCGCAGCAGCAUUCGAGUAGCGGUGCCGAUAUCCAAAACAUUAAGCCGCAUAAACGACCAAUCGUGGGCCAUUUAGCUCAACAAACAUCAUUUAGUAGUUCCGAUGAAGAAUAUGACGCGGGUCACAACACAAAUCUUCUACCGCAUGACAAUAAUGCCGUUGUAAGCGCAUCGGCUCGGCUUACCUCGAACCAAAUCGAUAGCAAACUGGACGUGCAUCAUCGAAAUAAUUACAAUCGUACAAAUCAUCGUUUGCAACACAGUCCGCAGAUUGUGGUCGGCGACGACGUGAAUUUCCCACAACAACAACCACACCAUCAGCAAACAAACGAUCCAUAUUGGAAUAAUGGCAGCCGUGGUGGUGGGCUGUCUGGCUCAACGGCAACCCUAGUCGGUAGUAAUGUGAACACGAUUAGCCGCAUUGGUAGCGGUAGUCUUAGUGCGGGCACUAGUCUAGAAGAUCCAAAUGCGUACAGCAUUGAUAGUCGACGAUACACGGAACGACGAAAGAAAACCGUUCGUUUCGAUGGCCAAGAGUCAAAUGAUUGGACACGAUGGGAUUCGGAACGGCAAAAUAGCCAAGAUUCAACGACACGAGAUUCGGGCAUCGAUACCAGCAGCACUUUCACUAGCAGUGAAGACUCGAACCGAGGCGAAGGCCUAAAGCAAAAUCCAGUGAGUUGGCAAGUUGAUGGGAAGGGAACACGUAUGAUUGGCCAUAUGAUUUUCAAAAAGAAUCUUGAUUCAGAGGAUAAAUUAGGUUUAAAGGUGAUUGGCGGUCAAACAUUAUCGAAUGGCCGUCUCGGUGCCAUCAUUGAAAAGGUGAAGCAUGGUUCGAUUGCUGAUCAGGAAGGUCACAUUAAACCAGGCGACGAAGUGAUCGAAUGGAAUGGCCAAUCGUUGUGCGGUCGAAGUGCACAAGAAGUGCAUGACAUAAUAGCCGAUAGCAAGCAUGAUCUACAAGUGGAAUUGAUAGUGUCGCGUGUGAUAGCGGCAAGUCGACGAGCGGCCCAGGUUUCUUGGAGACAGUCGCAUUCGCCAACACGAUUACGUCAUGCAGAAGCUUAUGAUCGACGAGAUAAGCCAAGUGUUUUAGUUACAUCACCAAGUUCACCGGAUCGGGUGGCUAGCGGAGCAUCAGCAUCAGGUGCACGAUAUUCGAAUCGUUUAACGUCGGCUGGUUCAGUUGUUGGCGAUUCAAAUGUUGGCGGUCGCAUACAAAUCAAACUUGGCUUCGAACCCGGUACACUACAACUCAUUCUAACCGUUAUUGGUGCCGCUGGUCUCACUUAUCGUGCAAACGGCGCAACAAGAAACCCAUACGUAAAGAUUUUUUUACUUCCGGACCGUUGUGAUAAAUCGAAACGGCGCUCAAAAACAUUGGCAAAUACAAAUGAACCGCGCUGGGGGCAAACAUUUGUUUACUCAGGACUUCGGCGUGCCGAUUUAAACAAUAGAUAUUUAGAAAUAACCGUUUGGGAUUACGUAAGAUAUGGUGCAAAUGAUUUUUUGGGCGAAGUUUUACUAGAAUUGGGAAGCCAUCCGUUGGACGAUGAAGCUGAAUGGUACACAUUACAUGGGCAUCAAGAAUCAAAUUUACACACAUUACGUAGAGAUGAUACAAAUGAAAUGGACAUGAUUUUAACGCCGACCGAUCAUUUAUCACCGCCAAGUACAACGUCACGCUUAAGCGACUCAGAUACAACGUCUGAAUGUGAUAUUGAUGGUGUGGCAACCGGUCGUGAUGGUGCUAGCAUAUCAUCACUAGGCAGUUCGUCUAGUCCUCCGGCAGAGACGGAUCUAAAUGAGCGUCGAUCUAGGCGUGAUAUGUCACCACAAGGUAGAAAACGGGCAUCAGCAAUGGUAGCACGUGAUUAUCGCACUGUAUCAGGAAUUGGACAAAGUUACCAUAAUAACAAUCAAACUAUUGUGACAUCGUUAGCACGUCGAAAUGGUGUCAUGUCAAUGAAUCAACGAAGUCAUUCAGCAGCGCCGAGCGAAAAUUAUCGCUCGGCUAGUUUACAGCGUCGCGGUUCAUUAUCACCGCCCGAAGAUUUAUAUCAAGACUAUUCAGGUUUAACAGUACAUAAUCGUGUUCAGCAUCGUUCGCAAUCGCGAUCAGCGACCGCCACUCCAACGGGUUCACCGAAAAAACGUCAACUUCCACAAGUGCCGCAAAACAGUAUGAGCGCAGGAAGCAGUACGAAUCGUAUGGUAUUGCGGGAUCGGGAUCGACUGAUGCAAGACUUCGAAGAGCGUGGCAUCGGACGAUUUAGUCGAUAUCGCACUCGACAACCACAUCAUCAUUCUUCUUCACAUCAUCAACAAACGUAUCGAAGCACCGGCAUGGGCGGAUGGGAGCGACACUAUGCUGGUUUAUCAGAUAGUGAUUUAACAAUGCAUUCGCUGGAGCCACGUCUUCGGCCAAAACAUUCAUUGUCGCCGGACAAGGAUUUCAUGGGCGAUUUCGGCGACUCUGAUAUGGAAUCCGUAGUUAGUGUUACCUCAAGUGCAUUUUCAACACAAUCAGAACGGCCACGUGGAUCAAGGGGAUUGAGACAAAACCAAUGUACUAGUCUACCUACCGACUGGCUUGCUCAAAAUCCCUCAUUUUCCAUGUAUUUAAAAUCGUCGCAAACCAAUCAAUCAUUUCCAUAUUUGCCCCUUAUCGAUGCUGCUGAUGCUGAAACAAAUUUACGAUUGCCGUUGCAAAUGCCGUUGGGCACGGUACAAGCGGUUAGUUUGCAUAAUUUGGCCAAUGACUAUGAUUACGAUGACAAAUCGCCAACGCUUAGUGCUAGCUUUGUCCUCGAUAGCUCGCUUGCAUCCCAUUACAAGCAUUCGCGGCUAAAUCGAAGCACCAAUCUCAUUGAUGCUAUGCCAUGCUCAUCGAAAUACCAACCACGGCCACGAUCAUCGUCCGAAAUGUUGUCGAGAGGCUUUCAAAAUACACGAUCAGUUUCAGGUGAUGAUGGGCUGAAUGCGGUGAAUGUCGAUGAAAUCGGAUGGAAAAUCCCACCGAAAAUCUCACACGGAACUUCGCGACAGAAAAUCGAAGCAAUGAAAUCUCGCCGAAGUAUUCCAACAUCGUUGAAAAUAAUCAAAUCGAGUAUGCCGGUGCACAGUGGCAGUUCGUUGUCGAUUCCAAAUCAACGUUCACUCGACGAACAAACAUUCCGUCAUUCGACGCAUUCACUGUUGGUUCCACAGAUACAGUCAUUGCAUAAUCGCAAAUCCAUUCGCAAUGCAUUCAUGAAAUCACGAUCAUUCAAUUCCUUUGAAAAUCAAUCGCAUUCCGGCUAUCAUUCAGAUAGCGUUGAAUCAUCGCAUAAAUCCAUGAAAUCGGUACAAACCGAAACUGACCCUGAGUUGCUACCGAUUCCAACGAAUCGUAAUUUCCUUUCGCUGGAUAUCGUUAAAUCGUUCAACGAAGACGAUCUGAGAAAAACCGUCGACAGCAACACUGAUAGUGACGUACUUGACACAAGCAAAACAAGCAGUGUCGAACGUAUGGGUAGACCAAGGCGAAAAGCUCCUGAUAAUAGACAUGCAAAGGCGGCUAAAGAAUACGGAGACGCAAGAGAUAUAAAAGAAAUGGCAAAUGUAACCAAUGUGCGAAAUGUUAACGAAGUGCAAAUUUUGAACACUUUGAAGCUACCAGAGGUUUCGAUGUGCGCAUCAACACCUCUGAAUACACCCAUAAAAACGCCAAUAAGAACGCCUAUAAGAACACCUUCAAGAACACCUAAUCGAAUGCUUCCAACGCCCACUCUAACGCCUGUUCCAAAGUCUUUGCCGACACCUAUUCCUACGCCUGUUCCAACGCCAGUGCCCACUCCACAGCCUGAACAUCUAAAAAUUGGUCAAAAAUCCCCUGACGUCAUUCGUAAGCUUUUGCGUGAGUUUUCGCCAAUGCUCUCACCCAAAAAUAAAAUCUUCGUUCGAGAAGAGGUAAAAGAGGAAAUAAAACCGAAAUAUAAGCAAUUUUUCGAUUUCGAUACGCCCACAAUCGAUUCGACCACCAAAGACAAAUCGAAUACCGAACCAAAAUCUCGCGUUCGACGUUUUCGAAAAUUGAGCCAUCGUAAUUCUGAUCGACGUAAAAAAGAAAAAGAACAGGCAACCGAUCAAAAAGCGAAUAAUGAAGAAAAACCAAAGCCUCUUCGAUCAAAUUCAUUUCCAGACGACGACAACGAUGAUGAUGACGAUGAUGGGGAAAAUCAUUCCGGUGAAACUGGUUCCGAUGAAGUUUUUGAACCGCCCGUCUUUGAAAAACCACCUCAGAAACGUUCGCAGCAACGGCGUAGCAGCAGCCUCGAAGAUUUAUCACUGUUUCAAGCGAAAAAAUUACUGGAAAAAGAUCUUGAGCGCGGUCGUAGUUCAGUUAGCAUAAAUGAAACACCGCAAUAUUUUGAGUACAGUAAAAAGUCAUUUGGCCGCGGUAUUAAAGCCCAUGGUAGUUAUCCUAGUAUUGCUAAUCGUGCUUUGAAUUUUCCCAAAAAUCCAAAUGGUAUUGCAUCCCUUCAAAUGUCACCAAAACGUGGUCUGUUGAAAAAACCAACAUCGUCUGGUGUUGUGAAUGCUGUGCCGUCCAACAGUAGUGAAUACGAUGUACGGGAGCGCAGUAGUAUUUCCGGUGGUGCGAAUAGCCGUGGACCAGUCGGUCAACAGAGCUUAUCGAUUCACAAUCGCGAAUCGUAUCGUGAUCGAGGCGAUCGAGAGCCCAGCCGAAGUCUUGGCGACCGAGAUCCACGCGAACAAGACUCAUUCAAUCGUAGCUUAUCGACGAACGAAGAAACACCCGACGACAAAAUUGAUGGUAGCCUAAGUGAUACAGCUCUUGGAAUGCCAGGUUUCGAUCGAUCACGGAGGAAUCCGAAUCAACGGUCACCGAAAAGCGAAACACCGACCAGGGAACGGGAUCGAUUUGGCACGGGUAUGGGUAAAAAAAGUAAUUCCACAUCCCAAUUAUCAGCGACUGGUCGAAAGCGACGCAUUGGUUUCGGCAAAAAGGGUAAGAAUUCGUUUACGGUGCAUCGAAGCGAAGAAGUUCUGCCGGGUGAAAUGCGUGCCGGUUUAUCACGUGGUUCAUCGGCCUCUAGUGAUGGCGAGGUUAGCGUUGAUGUGGACAGGUGGUCACCAUCACUUAGAGGAGCAGAUGUUGGACAAUAUUCAGAUUUUAUCGAUGGUCUCGGCCCCGGCCAAUUGGUUGGUCGACAAGUAUUAGGUGCAUCAUCGUUGGGCGACAUCCAACUAUCCAUGUGCCAUCAAAAAGGCUGCCUCGAAGUUGAAGUGAUUCGCGCUAGAGGGUUACAGUUACGGCCGGGCUCAAAAGUACUUCCAGCGCCUUAUGUCAAGGUAUAUUUAGUGUGUGGCAAAAAGUGCAUAUCGAAAGCGAAAACGACGAUCGCCCGAAAAACGCUCGAUCCAUUGUAUCAACAACAGCUAGUGUUUCGAGAACCAUUUGCCGGAUGCAUACUGCAGGUGACUGUAUGGGGUGACUAUGGCCGUAUUGAAGGAAAAAAAGUGUUUAUGGGCGUAGCGCAAAUCAUGUUAGAUAAUUUAAAUUUGUCAAACAUUGUGAUCGGCUGGUAUCGAUUAUUCGGGACAACAUCCAUGGUCAGUGGGCCGCCAAGUGUGGGUUUAUCUAGACGUUCUUCCAUUUCAUCACUCGACUCACUUAAACUUUAGUUCAGCAUCUGCAUAAACAAUAUCAACCAUUUUGAAUUUUCAAUAGUGACCAUAGGCCAUCAAUUGUUUUUUACUUUGAUGCACACACACACACACUCUCAAAAACCAAAACCAAAACAAAAAAAUAGCAAGGAAAUUCGAUUCACAUAAAUAUUCAGCAAUAACUAUAAAUCUUCCUAAAUAUAUUACGAAACGAGCUUUUUCAUCGACACUACAACCAACACAAUAAAAAAAACCAAACCAAACCAAACACAAUCGACUUGAGAAGAGGAAAAAAAGAGAAUGUUUUCAUUAAAGCCGCGCACCACACAAGCGAUAUCACAACACAACCAAUGCCAUGUUCUAUUCUGUUCUGAAUUGUAGACAUUACAAAACUAUGCAGCAUGCUCUUUCUCUCUAUCUUUCUUUUUCGCUAUCGCUUUCCGUCUCUGAUAUUUUCAAUACUGCAACAACAAACAGUCACAGAUAUUUUUGUAUGUAUUUUGCAUUUUAACGUAAACAAACAAAAGAAAAGAAAUGAAAAGAUAGAAAAUAAAAAAAAAGUGAACUACGGCAAUGAUGGGCUAAAUAACAUCAACACAAUCGAAGAAGAGAUAUACCAAUAACAAACACAGAAACCAAUCAACAGUCAACUAAUCAACUAAUUGAAGAAAGAAAAAAAAGGAAAAUGAACCGGUUUUUUUUAAACAGAAGAUAAGAAAUGCAAGAUAUUUGUUAAAAUGCUAUGUUGUUUAAUGGGAAUGAAAUUUAAUUGUAGAAAUGCUAAACUUUUAUUUAGGAGAUAUAGUUAAAACAAAAAGAAGAAGCUAAACCAAGUGAACAUAAUGAAAAGGGAAAAUUCAAUAAGAAAAUAGAAGUGGAUGAAGAUGAAGAAACUAUGUAUUGAAAAUGAUUGAAAUCUUGAACAUGACAAUAACGUUAUAAUUUGAUGAUUAACUCUAGCGAAAUAAAUGACAUAAACAAAAUGACGAAUACAAUUUUAGCACAGAGAGUAACAACAAAGAAUUAGAAAAAGUGAAAAAUAUGUUUUUAGGAAAAUCUAGUAAUUGAUUGCGCUACAGAUAUAACAUUUGCUAUAUUAUAGAGAUGUUCAUGGAAUGGUACCAUUUGCACCUUUUAUUAUUGUAAUCAAAUACUACCGAAAUUUUACCAGAACAAAAAGGAAAAUAAAACAAUCUAAGAGAAGACAAAAAAAAACAAUACAAACACACACACUCACCACGCAUACAGAACAUUGCUAUAUAUAAAACUAAACCAAAUUAGCCCGUGGAAUAGAGAAUGUUUGAUUGAUGUGGAAUAGCAAUUUCAUGAUGAAUUGUAUACAAGAUGUAAAACUAUAUUUUUUCAAUGCGACAGAUACAUGCAGUAGAGAAAAUUUUCAAGACGAUACUGAUCUGUGUAGUAUACAUGUAUGAUAUACAGUAGUAGAAAGGCACUUCUACCAGCAUUUCUUUUUGUUUCGACGAUGCUCCCGGUCCAACUCCUUCUCCAUUUCAACUUUGUCUAUUCAACUUUCAGUCUACGUUUCGUUGUUGCUUGUACAUAUUUCUUGAAAAUUGCUUUAUCUUUCGUUUUUACAUUUCUCUCUCUACUUCAUCAGAAUGAUUGUUUCUUUCUAUCUUCAUUUCUAUCAGCAGUUAGGAAUCUACAAAUCUGUUUUAAUCGUUUGAAUCCUCCAAAAUUGAAGUAUCGAACGCAUCGUCGCGCGAUCAUCUAAAUGACAAAAAGAGGAAAAAAAAUACUAAAUCGUUAUUCAAAUGAAGAACUUAUAAAUGGCCUAAAUUUGUAUAAAAAAAACCUACUAAAAAUGAUGAAAAGUAAACGAGUAACAUCAAAGAAUAUGAGAAAUUAUCAGGCAACUUUUAAUCAUUUGCAUACUCUCUCUCUCUCACACAUACACGAGAGUCACCCGAAAAAAGCUAUGAAAAAUAAAAUAUAAGAUUAUUGUGUACAUGUGAAUAAAAAUAACAAAUGUCAAGGCAAAAAUAAAAAUACCAAAAAUUUGUGAAAUCGAAAAAUUAUUGAACAAAAAGUAAAAAUUGCAAAAAAAUGCGAAAACACGUUCAAAUUAUCCAGUGACGACAAAAAAACAGCAACAACCAUUCCUGUGACUAUUGUUCGGGCGCGAAUAGGCGAAAUGUCAAGCGUUGAAAGUGUAUUCGAUUUUCACAUUCAUCCCAUUGACGAAUUGCUUUUUUUCGCCUUUCGAAGCAACACAUGUAAAUUUUCGUACAUCUUAUUACUUAUAGUCACUAUCAUCAUCAUUAUUAUUAUUAUUAUUACAACGGAUUAUUGAGGGAAAGAAACAUACCAAAUAUUUCAGAUUAUUAUUGAAAAAAGAAAUUAUCUAUUUAUGAUUCGGUUGUUGUUUUUUUUUAGUUUUAAAUUUGAAACCCGAAACAUAAAUGAAACCGACUUAAACGCGAAAAGAAUAAAAAAAAACAUUGAAUAUUUUAUGAAAAUACCAAAAGAAAUGCUUAAAAAAUAAGAACUUUUAUUCACCAAGUAACAUUGUUAUCAUCUUUAAAAAACCAAAAAAAAAAACAAAAUUUAAAUGGCACCUUAACAAAUAAAAUGAACAAAAAAAAUCGACGCAAAUAUGAGGAUAAAUGCUUUGUUUGAUAAUAACCACAUAUGAAAAGUCCUACAUGGAUAUUAUACGUUUAUUUCUGUAAAUCCCAUCCUCCGGACAACAUUUUGAUUUAAUCCAUUCUCUAGACUUUCUUUCUGUUUUAUUUGAGAAAUAUUUGAGACAUAUUCGCAAGUAUCGUUCCGUUCAAACGAAAUUUUUUGUAAAUAGAGAAGAUAAGAAGGGCAAGGUAAGAACGGGCAAGAAGUUGACAUUUGAUUUUUUAUUUCCUUUUGUUGUAAAUUAAACCCAAAAAACUACUGUGGCAUUUCACAUAUUUCGAUUUGAAGUCAAACAUUUUUGCCAUGAAAUGAAGCCAUGCUCUAUCCAUUUUAGUUUUUCGUAUGCCAAUUUUCGCUAGACCACCAUCUUUAGCAUCCAUUGUAGACUAGGCUAGCAGCUGUCUGAAGAAUGGAUCGAAAUUGUCUUACCCUAGUAUAUAUAUUAUUUUGGUGUAUUACAAAAACCCCAUACAUAUCCAACAAAUCAGAAGACAUUUGAAUUUUGUGAUCAAUACGAGAAAGAAUGGGAAAUCAAUGCGAACAUAAAAUUUUAAAUUCAUUCAAUUAUGUUCAAACUCAUUCCAAAAACUAUUUCAAUUCCUUGCGUUAGUACAUUUUUACCACAUUUUCUCUCGUAUUAACGCAAAUACACGCAAUUAAAAACGUUCGCAUUUCGUUUGCUAUAAGAAAUUCCAUCGCCCUUUCCAUUGACAUCUUUAGAAAUGACAACAGAUUUCUCGGAUAAAACGGAGCAUUCCAUCAUACGAUUACCAUUUAUUUUCAAACUUCUACUGAUGAAAAGAAAAUCCUUGAAACACUAUGAACCAAAGCAAAAAAAAUUAGAAAACAAUGAACAACAUUUGAUGGUUUCUGAUACAAACAAGAUUGAACACUAGUUGAUAAACUUAAACGUCGUAACUUAAAUUCAUCCGAAUCCAUUAAUCUAGCAUUUAGAAGCAGUAAAAAUACAUAACAAAGCAUAACUUUGCUCCUUUUCAUUCACAGACAUUUCUCUCUCUCUCUAUCUCUAAUUUCGUUCACGCUUCAAGCCACCAAAAACACACCUGUAGUACACAGGCUCCAUAUAGAAAAUAUAUAUUUAGAUUUCACGAUCAAGCACUUCAAGCAUACCAUCUUGUAGAAUGAAUUUAACUGUCAAUCUCUGUCUAUACCAUUGUAUAUCUUCUCGUUUCAGUGAGGUUUGGAACGAAUUCAAUCCAAAGUGAUUCACACACCGAAAUUCGGAUGAGACACAUUUUCAUUCAAUCGAACCAUUUAUUUUCGAAUACUCGCCACCUCCCCCCAAAUCGAACCGGAUCCAAGCGAUGGCAGUGCACGAGUUGUUGUUGGCCUGUUAUUUUUUUAACACAUGGUCACGAUCCACAGCCAAUCUCUCACACACUUACAUACGAUCGCCAAUGGAAAAAGUUUUUUUUUUAAACCAACCGUUCAUUUGAUCGAAAUGUAAACAACAUUCAAAUUGUAAAUAAAUACUUGGAAAAAGAAACAUGUUACAUACCAUUUGUUAACAUUGCUCUUGAUCGAAUCGAAUUGAAAUUGUGAACAUUUGUGAGAAAAAAAAAAACAAUUGAUUUGAAAAUGAAAUACCUGCGACGUGGCUGAACACUAAUCGUUUUGACAAAGGAUCGAAUUGAACAAUGAACACUGAUCAAUUAAAGGCAGAUGCAAAUAAUUGGUUUUGUGGAAUUUAUAGUAAGGAAUAAGUUGGAAAUGACGUAUUCAGUUGGGAUACAGUGAAAAUUGCAAUGGUGCUUAAACCGAUUCAAUCUGGUCAGAAUGAGGUGAAUCGAGUGAAUUGGCUUCGAAACCAUCAACUUCUCUCUAUUUUUUUGUGAAUGAAUUUACUGCACGUGAUUAUGCGGCUAAACACUGCUAUACAUUUGAUUUCCAUAUCCAUUUUCUUCCAAAGAAAAAAAAACAACUCAAUUUUAUGGCUUUAGAUUGUUUUAAACGAAAUCUGUUCUCUUCUUGAUUUGCACACGUCUUUUUCGUUUAUCUUUUCGCACCUUUUAAUUAUUAUCAACUUCGUGGCUACAAGAAAGAUACAUGCAAAUCUAUCCCAUUCGAACAAAACCAAAAAAAAUAGGAAAUUAAUUUGUCUGUUUCGCGCAAAACGAUGGACGAAUGAAUCAUCCGAAAUGCAAACGAAACGUCAUCACAGAUGAUGAAUGAAUAAGAAACACGUCAUGGUCGUGUGGAAAAGUAAAAGAAAAACAAUCGAUCCAUCGACAGUCCAAAAACAUUCGUUUACGUUGCAACACAAGCAGACAAACGAUUCAAAUUUGCAAAUAUACUCAUAUAACAAACAAACAAACAAAUAUUUAUAUUGAGAACAGAAAUAGAUGACAAAAAAAGAGAUAAAAAAAUAGAAAAAAAAAAUAAAGACAUAUAAUUUAUAUAUAAAUGUUUUUUUUAAUGCCUAGUGUUUUUUGUUAAAUGGCAAACUAAAAAAUAAAUUGUACUUUUUAAAAAGAAGAAGAAAAAAAGGAAACUGAGAGAGAAAACAACAAAAAUCACGCAAAAAAAUAUGGUAAACUUAAUAAAAAGAAAAAUGAAAAGCUUUUACGAAUAUUAUUGCAUUAUAAAUAAAUUAUGACAAACAAAUUUUAUUAUUAAAAUGAAACAACCAAUUGAAAGAACGAACACACACACACACACACACACACACCAACACAUCAAACGAUUAGCGACAUCUGAUGGAAGCGCGUGUGGAAUGAGUGGUAAAUUGGGUGCGAAUGAAUUAGCGCGUGAAAAAUGUGCGCAAAUAUGAUGAAAACAAAAUGAAAACAUUUGAGUGUCGCUCGAACUAUUUGCUACACGGACAGACCCGAUUUUAUUCAAUGAAACAAUAAAGUUGAGGCAGCCUUCACGCGCAAUUCAUCCGUUGAUAUCGUUAGUGAAUUUAUGAAGAAAACGAACACACAAAAGAAAUAAUAACGAGAGAUCCAAUCUAUUUACAAUAAAAACUCAAGAAACUAAAUUCCAGUAUUUAAAAAGAGAAGAAAGAAAAAACAACAACAAUUGCAUGUAUUUAAGUGUUUCUGUUUCUUGAUUUAGCAGCCGAACAACCGUCACAAAGCGUGGCUGGCGCGCGUUAAAUUGCAUUUUACUUUUUUACGGGUAGUUGAAUGAUUACAUGUGAUGUAGCGCUCUAAAUAAACGAAAAAUUAGUGAAACAAAGAUAUGAAAAAGCAGAAAUGGAAUGUUAUUUAAAUUGUGUUAAGGGCAGAGAAAAUGAGGGAGACACAGAGAUAGGGAGAGAUUUUUAUGACACCGAACCUUUCAAUAAACAAGAGAAUAAAAAAUGAUUAAACAAUUUAAUAGCAAAUUAUAAAACCACGUCUCUUAAAAAACUACGCUGAAUACGCAGGUAACUGAAAUUGACAAAAAAAACACACACACAUAAUACAUUUUAGUAAAAACUACGAACGAUCUGUGAGAAAUGGCGUCAGCAACCGCAGUGUAAAUUAUAUUAUCCAUAUGCAAAUAAAUGAAUCGAAAUGUAUUUGUACAUUUUAGUUUAAAAAUAAAAAAAAAUAAAAUAAACAAAACCUCUUGUAUGCCUUUUUCAAUAGAAUCACUAACAAACAAAUAUAUGUACAGUUAUUUGUAAUCGAAAAGAAAGACGAACCGUGUCUGUUGAACUAACUAAAAUGCUAAACAUUGAAAAUGCUCUCAUAUUUACGCAUUAUAUUCAUACACACAAACAACAAAAAAUGGACACACAAAUGCAAGCUGUAUCGAUUUAAAGUGAUAAAUUUGUACUGGUUUGCGUGUCCAAUUUUUCCAGGCGAAACCUAACAAACCAAACAAUAUCUCAUUGCUAGAACAAACCUUUAGCUUCCUCCCGAUAAAGAAAAUCACAAAUUAAUAAAUACUCGAAUCAAUACAAUUGAACAAUUCCAUAAUUGAUAAAAAAAAAAAUACCGCGUGCAUGCAAAUACACAUUUUCCAUAUUUUACAUAUAUAUUUGUCAAUGAAACAUGAAUUGAGAGACAACAAAAAAGAUACCAAUUUCAAAAUGUACAUUACAAACUGAGCAAAUGCCUCCCGAAACGAUUUGGAAUUUGACACAAGCAUGACUAAAUUGUUGAUUGUUGUUUAUUCUUAAAAAAACGAAAACCAAAAAAAAUCAACUCAAAAUUGUGUGAUAUCAUUUAUCUGAUUGAGCACGUCUGUCUCCUAAACAAACAAAACCCAUUGAAAAAUGAUGUUCGAAUGUUUCUUCUCCACAUUCAUUUCAUUAAGAAAAAUCAACAAUCGAAAAGUCACAUCGAUAGCCAAAUCAAAUGGAUGCGCUGCAUUUUUUAACAACGACUCUUCACAUUUUUCGCCAAUCAUCAUCCAAAUUAGAAAAAAACAACGGAUCUUUUCGUUUGUGUAUUGAUCGUUUGUGAUCGAUUGGUUAUAUCUCUCCAAUACACCAUGAAUGCGCGAUGAAUGAACAGUGUUCAACUUGAACACGGACAAAAAGAUACGAAGAAGCAAGAGAAAAAUAAAUGAAAACAGGAAUUCCUUUAACUAAAUCAAAUUUUAUCAUUCAUUCAGAUUACGUAUCACAUUUUACUGAAUUUGGCGCAUAUAUACAUUUAUCUAGCAUGCGAAGUAAAGAAAGAUUGAUUGAUGAAACCAAAACAAAAAAACAAAAAAUACAUCAUGAACAAAGAAAAAGAUGUCAAAAAAAUCGAAAAAAAAAUACUAAAUUUUAUAUUACCAAUACACUACUAUAUACAAUACCAACUAAAAUUAGUUAAAUUGCAAAUUAAAAAGAGGGAAAACUAAAGAAAAAUUCAAAUGAAAAAAAAAACACCCACACACACACACACACACACACACACGUUCAGAGAAUAAGCUGGAGUAUGUUCUGAGCCGACCCGUAGAUAGAGAAAAAAGAGAAUCAAUUGAAUUGGGUCGAACUCAAUUCAGCCGGAUGGUUCAUGACAUGCUUCAGCCAAAUACACAGCAAAAGAAAAAAAGAACAUUAUCUCAUAAGAAUUAGCUAAAAAAAAUAACAAAUUUAAAUUGAAUACAAGAAAAAUCAUACACAAACAACGUGAAAAAAUAUGAUCUUUAUUCGAAAUGAUAUUCGUCACACAAAUGGAAAGGAGAGAUGCUAGAUUGGCAUUUCCAUCACUUUCUAACGAAAUAAAAGAACCAUUUGUUUAUCCAAAAUCAAUAACGAUGCUUUAUUGAUAUUGUUGAUGUUUCAUGCUCCCCUUAACGAAAUGACCUCCUCUGAACCUAUGUUCAUUGCAAAUUAAUUGUAAUUUCACCAAAUUGGAUCAACUCGUGAUCUCCGAUUGUGUGGUCGUUUCAAUUAAAUUGCAAUCGAAAUUUUCAGAGAGGCUCUUGUAAAUCAUUCCAAUAAAGAUGUGUGCAUACAUACGAUUCGGAUCGUAGUAAAUUUUUGGGCAUUCAGAGCGACGGUCAGUAUGACCGUACGCAAGCCCGGCCGCAUUCACAGCCCAUAUACCAAAAUACCACGUUGACGGUUGAAGAGAAAAAAUAUGGUCGUGUAAUAUUUUUUUUUUCUUUCGAAAUUUGAAUAAAUUAAUUUCAUUGGAUUGAAUCUUCAAUGUAAAAUCAAUUGAUUAAGUAUUAUUGCUGAAUAACAAAAAAAAAAUGAUGAUAAUGAUGAUUAGAGAGUUUUUCCAAGCCAAAACCAAACAAAAAAAGAAGAAAACAACAAAAAAACUAAUGACAAAAUGAAAAUAAUUUAUAAGAUAAACAAAUUUAAUAUAAAAAAAAACAACAACAACAAGCUAUUAUAUUAAGGAAGCAACCAACAAAUCGUACGAACGAUAAAUUAUGCAUGGACAUAAUAUAUGAUGAGAAAUAAAUGAAUGCGUAAUAAAAAAUAACAAAA